AAAACGAACGCCGGUGGGAGAAAAUGAAGGCGGCCGCGGAGCUUCUCGGCAAUGAACGGGGCAACGAGGAGACGUUUCCGGCCGCGGACAUGGAGGAGAAGCCGGGAGGCGCUGAAAGCUUCGGGUCUUCACCGGAAAGCCGCUUCAGUUCGCCGGAAAGAGCCGCUGAAGCUCUGCAGGGGGGCUCAGACUCUGAGGAGCAAACCCGGAGCCAGGACAUUUAUCAGCUUCCUGAUAUCACCUGUCUGAAUAUACAAACGUAUGAGGGAGCAACCAGGGACGGACGGUUUCAUGGAGAAGGUGUUGCAUCUUUUCAAGGAGGACAUGAGUACCAGGGACAUUUCUCAGAAGGCGUCAUGGACGGACCUGGCACCUUCACCCAGGCGGACGGCUUGAAAUAUGAGGGGGAGUUUGUGUGGAAUGUGCCCACGGGCCAGGGCACCUUCACGUGGCCAGAUGGUAGCACCUAUGUGGGGGAAGUCUACAGAGGUAUAAGACAGGGGAUGGGAACCUACAAAUGUGCCAAAAGUGGUGUGUCUUACAGAGGCCAGUGGCACCGGGGUAAGAGGCAUGGAAAGGGUACAGUUUAUUAUAAUGAGGACAAGACUUCUUGGUACGAAGGGGACUGGGUGAUGAACGAGAGAGAAGGACGGGGAGAGAGGGGGUACCCAUCUGGGAACGUCUACACCGGUGAGUGGAGGAAUAAUCAGAGACAUGGUGACGGCACGAUGACCUGGAUGAAAGUGGAACAGCAGUAUGUUGGGAACUGGCAACAUGGAGUACAGCAUGGUGUGGGCACACAUAUCUGGUUUUUGAAGCGAGUUAAUGGAUCCCAGUAUGCUCAGAGCAACCAGUACAAGGGCGAUUUCUUUGAAGGUCGGAGGCACGGGAAAGGAACCUUUUACUACGCUGGUGGCGCGACCUACACAGGAGAAUGGAGGAGCGAUAAAAAACACGGACAGGGCAAACUCACUGCCAGGAGUGGCCGUGUAUUUGAAUGCGAGUUUGAUGACGAUCUGUUGAUAGCCAGCUUGAAUGAAGACAGAGCUCCAACACCUCUUGGGGCCCCUCCUUUGUUGGAGAGCGACUCCUCUAUAAUAGGACCUCACAUGGCCCUCAACAUUGAAGGUAUCCUGGACAAGAUCCCAGAGAGAGACCGAGAGACUGAGCGCAAGCAGGUGGAGUGUGCGGUGCUGAGCCAACACUUGGAGCUGAGGCUCAUAUUUGGUUUCUACAGCAGACUCGGCCGGUCCUAUCCUCCUGACAACAUCUUCCUGCUGUCCCGCCUGCAGUUCUGGCGUCUGCUCAAAGACUGCAAAGUCCACCAUCACGGCGUUACACUGGCACAGCUGGACCGUUUCAUCCGAGAAGAGGCAGGUUUAACAGAGGUGCACUCUCCUUUCACAUCCAUGCAGCUUCACGAGUUUCUCACAGGUCUGGUAAUCGUGGCCUAUUACAUCUACAGGAAAGAUAUGGCGUCACAGAAGCAUUGCCUGGCUGCCUGCCUGUCCAGAUUGAUGACGGAUGACAUCCUUCCAAAUGCGAGAAAUGUGAAAGGUUUCCUGUUCAGGCGGCCAGAUUUAACAGCAGAGGCUUUGAAGAAGGCAAAGAGGUGCUGGGAGAUCUUUGAUCAUUUCUGCAGGCUCUACGGAGCCCACAGAGACCUUCCAUCCAUGACCUGCAGACAGCUGCUGUGGAUGUUCAAGGAUCUCAGACUGUUUGAUCAUCAGCUGACCACAGCGAGUUUACUGGAGCUCAUCACCGCAGAGAACGGAGGCUGCACCAAGCAGCCGUCCUGCGUGGAGCUGGAGAUGGUGUUCCUGGAAUUCUUUGAGGUACUUCUGGGCUGUGCAGAACUAAAGUUUCAGCAGGUUCCUGAUGCUCUGGGGCAGGGUCUGGUCCAGAUCACGUCUCACAGCGCCACUACAGAGAACUCCCCUGACGUGGAAGCAUAUGAGAAACAGGUGGAGGAGAAAGGAAAUGUGCAGGAUGUGGGGGAUGAAGAAGUCCAAAAUCAAGACCUAAUGUCGCCACAGCUUGCAGAGAACUUCCAGGAGCAUGAAGAUGUCAGUAUAAGCGGAACAGGGCCUAGAGACCAUCAAGUACAGAGCAGGAGCCUGGCUGUCCAACGGUUUUUUAACGACUGCUUCUUCCCGGCCGUUGACCAUCACUGGUUGGUUACGAGGCAAAUGGAGAUCACCCAGGAGGUUCAAGAUGGCAAAGAAUUUCAAUGUAGAGAAAACUCAAUCUGAGAGUUUUUUCUAUUUGAUCUGUCCGGCUUAAUAAAAACUCUGAUGGGCAAAUAAA